CCCUGACCCGCAUCCAUUGGCUGACUCGCUUAAUCUAGGUCAGGUAUUGGUCAGCUGGCACGCCGUUCAGAAAGAGUCCCCACCCUCCUGUGUAGCCAACUUCAGGACUGAUUCAUCAUGACUUCUGUGAAGGAGCAGGUGGCAAUUAGCCGGCUCUUGAGUUUUUUACAGGAUUGGGACAAUGCUGGCAGAGUCACAAGGAGUCACAUCCUCGACAGUUUCAUUGAAACCAACCAGGGCAGAACUGCCCCUGAACUGGAGCAGGAGUUUUCCCAGGGAGCCAGCUUAUUCCUGGUGCGCUUGACCACCUGGCUGAGACUCACCUAUAUGAUUGGCUCAUGUUUAGAUAAGAUAUUAAGGUCCAUUGGCAUCUUCUUGUCAGCUGUAAGCAGUAAUCGGUACCUUGUAGAAUUUCUUGAGGUUGGAGGUGUCCUCACUCUCUUGGAAAUCCUUGGGCUGGAGAAGAUCAAGGAGGAGGACAAGAAGGAAUCCAUCAAGCUACUUCAAGUUAUUGCAAACUCUGGCAGGAAGUACAAGGAGCUCAUUUGUGAAAGCUAUGGCAUACGAUCCAUAGCAGAAUUUUUGGCAAAGUCUAAAUCAGAAGAGACCCAGGAAGAAGUACAGGUUCUGCUGGAUUCUUUGGUUCACGGUAAUCCCAAGUACCAGAAUCAAGUGUACAAAGGUCUAAUUGCUUUACUGCCCUGUGCAUCCCCAAAAGCUCAGCAGCUGUCCCUGCAGACCCUCAGGACUGCUCAGUCGAUCAUCAGAACCACCCACCCCAGCAUCGUGGACCAUGUGCUGCAGCUGCUGCGCACGAUGCACCUGGAAGUCCAGUAUGAAGCCAUAGCUCUGAUCAAGGACCUGGUCGACUACGACGUGUGCCCGGAGCUGCUCAAGGGCCUUGUGGAGCUGCUGAUACCGUCCUUCAAAGAGACCAGCAAACUGCAGCCCAAGAUCCUCUCCGAAUCCUCGGUUCUCCAACUCACUGCCCCGCUGCCCGUGUUUUUACAGCAGGCCGCGGCCGCCAAGGCCAUCGGGGUCCUGGCGCGCAGCAACACCAGCCUCGCGGAGGAGAUGCUGCACCUGCGCGUGGUGCACAGCCUGAUGACCGCCAUGGGCAACACCGACCACAGCAACAGCCAGCGGCAGGCCAGCCUCACGCUGGAGGUGAGCGAGCGGCUGGGGGCGGCCCGGCGGGCACCGGGCGUGGGCACUGCAGUCACCUCGACCGCCGCCGCAGUACUUCGUACAGACGUUCCCGGUGGUGGAGGACCACGUGCGCAAGUCCAUGGGGGAGGAACUCUACCAGCUCUUCCUCCCGGGUUCCUCUCGCUCCCGUCCUCAGAGCAAUGCCGGGGACUUGUACAUGAAAAUGAACAGCAUUCAGGCGGACAUCUUGGCGGCCAACAAAGUCAAUGUUGCCAGAGGUCCCCAUCCCCCGCCGACAGCAUUAUACCCGGGUGACCUCUCCUCCGGCAUCACGGGCGUUUACCUCGGCCCUCGGGAUCAGGAGGCCCGUCUCCCACAGUUCCAGCAGGAGAAUAUGGAAGGAAAAGAGUAACAGAGCCUCUGAAGCAAUCCAGGAAGGCCACGCUGUGUGACAGGAAGCCUCACAGAGGAGCCUGGGGUCAAGCUCAGGGCAUUUCUCCACUUGGCCCUACGUGGGAAGCUGGGGGUUAGGCAUGCCAGUGGGUGUGAGGGAGAGCAGCUGCCCCAGAGAGUUCAAUAAACAGUCUUGCUCUCUGUC